AUGGCGGCCCUGCUCUCCAAUCAUAUCCCUUGCCUCACCUCCAUAAGGAAUAGGUUUGAGGCCUCCCCCGCUCCCCCAGCGGAAGAGCCGGUGCUAUGGAGCCCGGAGGUUGAGGUGUGUCUGUUCCACGCGAUGCUCGGCCACAAACCGGUCGGCGUGAACCGGCACUUCCACAUGAUUUGCAUCCGGGACAAGUUCAGCCAGAACAUUGGGUGUCAGGUCUCAUCCAGGGUCAUCUGGGAGCACCUGCGGAGCAUGUAUGAUAUGCAGGCAUUGCAUGAAUCUGAGAUUCUCCCCUUUCCAAACUCAGAGAAGAACUUUAUUCUCCCAGAGUAUCUGAUUCAGGAGGUGAAAGAGGGGAAGGUGAUGUCAGAGGAGGAACUGAAGGAGGAAGUGGAAACACACGGUGGCUCGGAUGAAGCUUUUGUCAACUCAUCUGGGAAUUCUGGGAAAGGGCUGGACAAACCAUCCGGGAAAGAGAGGACCCUCUCAGAAUCCAGCUCUAAGGAAUCUGGGGACAAGCGGAAAUGGAGUCGGCUCACCGAGAAAGUGCAGAACACAAAUAGCAACCCCUCCAGACCAAACUCCAACAAGCGCAGGCGCACAUAG